AUGGGGUGGAAAUGUGUGUGGCUGUGUUCUCUUGCUUUGUCUGUUGCCAUUGUCUCUGAUGUCCAAGCCAGACUGGUUCACAACCAUGUCAGCAGCAUCUGCAGCACAUGGGGCAGAGAGCACUUCAAGACCUUUGAUGGUGAUGUGUACCACUUCCCUGGUAUGUGUGAAUACAACCUGGUCACCGACUGCCACGAGUCCUACCAGGAGUUCUCUGUGCACAUGAAGAGGAAAGUGAGUGAUGGAUAUCCUACAGUCAGUUAUGUGGUGGUCACCAUCAAUGGCCUCUCAUUCCACCUCAGCAAGACCUUGAUCACAGUGAACGACCUGCCUGUCAAAACACCAUACUUCAACGCAGGGGUUCAAGUGGAAAAAAAUGCUGUUUACAUCAAGCUCCAGUCCAAAGUCGGCAUCACGGUCAUGUGGAACAGUGAAGAUGCAGUCAUGGUGGAGUUGGAUCAUGACUAUGCAAAUCGUACCUGUGGACUUUGUGGAGACUUCAAUGGUGUUCCAGUCUACAAUGAGUUCAUUCAUGAAGGUCGCAAAAUCAGCCCUAUUGAACUGGGCAGCAAACAUAGAGUCCAUCAUCCCAACGAUGACUGCGAAGACCCCUAUGAAGAAGAGGAAUCACUGGAGGCUGGCAAUGUGCCAGAUUCAUGCAAGGAGUUUCAAACCACCUGUGAGCAGAUGUUGCACUCAAACUCAUGGAGCUCCUGCACCAAACUGACAAAACCUGAACCUUACAUCCAGGCCUGUGUGCAGGACAUGUGUGGCUGCACCAACAGUACAAACGACUUCUGUGUCUGCAGCACACUGUCUGAAUUCUCUCGACAGUGUUCCCAUGCAGGAGGGCAGCCUCCCAACUGGAGGACACCUCAGUUCUGUGCUAAACAGUGCCCAUACAACAUGGUUUAUGAAGAGAGCGGUUCUCCUUGCAUGGAUACUUGCACACACCAGGACACAAGUUCACUGUGUGAGGACCACAAAAUGGAUGGAUGCUUCUGUCCCACUGGAACUGUGUUUGAUGAUAUUUCCAUGAGGGGGUGCAUCACUCAGUCUGAAUGUCAGUGCAAGCACGGCAAAAUCUAUAACUCCAAUGAGGUUUACCGACAGAGUCAAGUUGAAUGCACAUGUCUGGAAGGUAGAUGGGCUUGUAAGAGCCUCCAAACACCUGCUACAUGCGCAAUUGAAGAGGGUUCACAUGUAACUACCUUUGAUGGGAAAACCUACACCUUCCAUGGAGACUGUUAUUACACCUUAGCCAAGGUGGAGAGCAAGUUUACCAUCCUGGGCCAGUUGGUGCCAUGUGCAAGCCAAGACUUUGACACUUGUCUUAAAACCCUUAAAAUCCUGCUGAACAAUGACAAAAACAAUGUGUUAUUGUUCACUUCAGAUGGAAUGGUAAAGCAGAAUACGCAGACUGUUAGCUUGCCGUACCACUCAGGUGACAUCAACAUAUUCCACGCUUCAUCCUUUCACAUCUUGCUCCAGACAAGUUUUGGGCUGCAAAUUCAGAUCCAGCAUGUGCCUAUCAUGCAAGUGUAUAUCAGCCUGGACCAGAGCUACAGAGCAAAGACACGUGGGUUAUGUGGGAACUACAACAAGGUCCUGUUUGAUGACAUGAAGACACCUCAGGGGAUUGUGGAAGGAACAGCAGUAACAUUUAGUAACUCCUGGAAGGCUAACAUUGUGUGUCGAGACAGAGAGGAAAGACUUGAUGACCCCUGUUCCCUCAGUGUAGAAAAUGAGUGGUACGCCAAACACUGGUGCGCCUUGCUGCUAAGUCCAAAUGGUACCUUUGCACAAUGUCGUUCAGUGGUGGAUCCUGAGAUGUACUACAAGCGAUGUAUUUAUGCUAGCUGUAACUGUGAGAAGAGUGAGGCCUGCCUGUGUGCCGUCUUCUCCUCUUAUGCACGGGCUUGUGCAUCAAAGGGAGUGUUCUUGACAGACUGGAGAGAGAAUGUGUGCGAUAAAUAUGCAAGGAGCUGCCCAGAAUCUCAGGCCUUCUCUUACAAGAAUCAGAGAUGCCAGCUGACUUGCAGAUCACUGGGCUUAAAGCAGCAGAGCUGCACCUCUGACUUCUUGCCUGUGGAUGGCUGCUCCUGCCCCGAGGGUCUCUAUCUUAAUGAAAAGGGCGCCUGUGUUCCCAUGGAAAAGUGCCCCUGCUACUACAACGAAAUGUACAUUAAGCCAGGAAAGUCCAUCAGCAUCAAAAAUGAGCACUGUGUGUGCACAAAUGGAAUGCUUCAUUGUCAUUCUUGGAGAACCCGCUCAUCAACAUGCCCUUCUCCAAAAGUAUUCUUCAACUGCUCCACUGCGGGCACAGGAGAGCUCGGAGUGCAGUGUGCUCGAACCUGUUUAAAUCUGGACAACGAUGAUUGUGACUCCACAGAGUGUGAAUCUGGCUGUCAGUGUCCUGGUGGCUUCAUUGAUGAUGGCAAAGGUUCCUGUGUGAAAGAAAAUGAAUGUCCAUGUCAGCAUAAUGGACAUCUGUAUGCCCAAGGGACACAAAUUCCUAACCAGUGCAAUAACUGCACCUGCAAAAGUGGAAGGUGGAAGUGCACAGAGAAAAAAUGUCCAGGAACUUGCAUUAUUUAUGGGAGUGGUCACUACCAUACAUUUGAUCAGCGAACAUAUGCCUUUCAAGGACAAUGUGCCUAUGUCGCUGUCAAGAACAAAUGUGGCAAUAAAACAGUGCAGGACAACUUUGGAGUUAUCACAGAAAAUGUACCAUGUGGAUCUACAGGCACCACAUGCUCCAAAACUGUCAGGAUCCAGCUGGGGCGAAUGGAAGUCAAACUAUCAAAGGGUAAAUAUGAAGAGCAGGACCUUGGAAAUGGCACUGAGAUUCAGUACAAAAUAAGGAAGGUUGGCUUGUAUCUGGUGAUAGAAUCUGCCAUUGGUCUGGCAGUGAUGUGGGAUCGCAAAACAACUGUUCGCAUCCUACUGGAACCACAGCACAGCGGAGAGGUAUGUGGCCUGUGUGGAGAUUUUGAUGGUGAUGGCCAAAAUGACUUCACCACCCAGGGUCAACUGGUGGUGAGCAAUCCUAUAGAAUUUGCAAACAGCUGGAAAGUGUCCAGCAGCUGCCCAGAUGUGGAAACGAAUGUUGACCCUUGUGUAGCAACACCCAAUCGACAACACUGGGCAAAAAUGAUGUGUGGCAUCAUAACUGGAGAUACUUUCAAAGAUUGCCACAAUAAGGUAGAUCCUCUUCCAUUUCAUGAAAACUGUGUGAAAGACUCAUGUGCUUGUGACACUGGAGGAGAUUGUGAGUGUUUCUGCACAGCAGUUGCUGCUUAUGCUCAAGCUUGCAAUGAAGCUGGUGUCUGUGUUGCAUGGAGAACUCCAGAGAUCUGUCCUGUCUUUUGUGAUUAUUACAACAGUCCAGAUGAAUGCAAGUGGCACUACAGGCCUUGUCACACACCUUGCUACAAGACCUGUUGGAAUCCAGAGGGAAUUUGUCACAACCCUAUACCCAAUCUGGAAGGUUGUUACCCUGUAUGCCCAGAGGACAAGCCCAUAUUUGAUGAGGAAAGCCAGAUGUGUGUGGAGGAAUGUGAAGGCUGCUUUUACAACGGGACAAGAUAUGAAGAGAAUGAUGUUGUUUACAAUGUGACUGACAACUUGGGAAUGUGCUACUAUGCAAUCUGCAUCAAUUCAACUGUGAUAUUUGGAAAGGAGAUUUGCUUUCCACCACCAAUUACCACUACACCUAUUACCACAACAACCACAAAAUCUACAACCCCCCCAACUGAACCUCCUACCACAACAACUGAGGAGCCAACCACAACCACAAAAUCUACAACCCCCCCAACUGAACCUCCUACCACAACAACUGAGGAGCCAACCACAACCACAAAAUCUACAACCCCACCAACAACUGUGACUUCUGCCACUACUCCGUGUAUUACAACAUGUGAGUGGUCAGAAUGGUAUGAUGUGCAUGACCCAAAAGUGGACAAGAGUGACUGGGAAACAUAUGAGACCAUCACAAAUAGCGGUAAACAAAUAUGUGAGAAACCUGUGGAAAUUGAUUGCAGAUCAGUGGAUUAUCCUGAUACAAAUUUCAAUGACUUUGUGAGUCAAACUGGCCAAGUUGUCACUUGUGAUGUUGGAUAUGGCUUAAUAUGUCGAAGAGAGGACCAGCUUAGACCUCCACGAAAGUGCUUCAACUAUAAGAUCAGAAUAUGUUGUGAAACACGGAUAUGUCCACCCCCAUCAACUACAACGCCAGAGCCAACCACAACCACUAAAUUUACUACAACACCAAGUGAACCUACUACAACAACUGAGGAGCCAACCACAACCACUAAAUCUACAACAACACCAACUGAACCUACUACUACAACUCCAGAGCCAACCACAACCACUAAAUCCACAACAACACCAACUGAACCUACUACUACAACUCCAGAGCCAACCACAACCACUAAAUCUACAACAACACCAACUGAACCUACUACUACAACUCCAGAGCCAACCACAACCACUAAAUCCACAACACCAACUGAACCUACUACUACAACUCCAGAGCCAACCACAACCACUAAAUCUACAACAACACCAACUGAACCUACUACUACAACUCCAGAGCCAACCACAACCACUAAAUCUACAACAACACCAACUGAACCUACUACUACAACUCCAGAGCCAACCACAACCACUAAAUCCACAACAACACCAACUGAACCUACUACUACAACUCCAGAGCCAACCACAACCACUAAAUCCACAACAACACCAACUGAACCUACUACUACAACUCCAGAGCCAACCACAACCACUAAAUCUACAACAACACCAACUGAACCUACUACUACAACUCCAGAGCCAACCACAACCACUAAAUCCACAACAACACCAACUGAACCUACUACUACAACUCCAGAGCCAACCACAACCACUAAAUCUACAACAAUACCAACUGAACCUACUACUACAACUCCAGAGCCAACCACAACCACAAAAUCUACAACCUCCCCAACUGAACCUCCUACCACAACAACAACUGAGGAGCCAACCACAACCACAAAAUCUACAACCCCACCAACAACUGUGACUUCUGCCACUACUCCGUGUAUUACAACAUGUGAGUGGUCAGAAUGGUAUGAUGUGCAUGACCCAAAAGUGGACAAGAGUGACUGGGAAACAUAUGAGACCAUCACAAAUAGCGGUAAACAAAUAUGUGAGAAACCUGUGGAAAUUGAUUGCAGAUCAGUGGAUUAUCCUGAUACAAAUUUCAAUGACUUUACUAAAUCUACAACAACACCAACUGAACCUACUACAACAACUCCAGAGCCAACCACAACCACUAAAUCUACAACAACACCAACUGAACCUACUACUACAACUCCAGAGCCAACCACAACCACUAAAUCUACAACAACACCAACUGAACCUACUACAACAACUCCAGAGCCAACCACAACCACUAAAUCUACAACAACACCAACUGAACCUACUACUACAACUCCAGAGCCAACCACAACCACUAAAUCUACAACAACACCAACUGAACCUACUACUACAACUCCAGAGCCAACCACAACCACUAAAUCUACAACAACACCAACCGAACCUACUACUACAACUCCAGAGCCAACCACAACCACUAAAUCUACAACAACACCAACUGAACCUACUACAACAACCGAGGAGCCAGAACCUACUACUACAACUCCAGAGCCAACCACAACCACAAAAUCUACAACCCCACCAACUGAACCCCCAACUACAACAGGAGUGGCAACCACCACAAGUUCAGUGAUUGAAUCACCUGUCACUGGUCCAACACUGAAGCCAUCAACUGCCCCUCUUCAAUCUCCUAUCACAACUGAGGAACCAACCACAACCACAAAAUCCACAUCCCCACAAACAGAACCUCCGACAACAACUCAAGAGUCAACCACAACCACUAAAUCUACAACAACACCAACUGAACCUACUACUAUAUCUCCAGAGCCAACCACAACCACUAAAUCUACAACAACACCAACUGAACCUACUACUACAACUCCAGAGCCAACCACAACCACUAAAUCUACAACAACACCAACUGAACCUACUACUACAACUCCAGAGCCAACCACAACCACUAAAUCUACAACAACACCAACUGAACCUACUACUACAACUCCAGAGCCAACCACAACCACUAAAUCUACAACAACACCAACUGAACCUACUACUACAACUCCAGAGCCAACCACAACCACUAAAUCUACAACAACACCAACUGAACCUACUACAACAACCGAGGAGCCAACCACAACCACUAAAUCUACAACACCAACUGAACCUACUACUACAACUCCAAAGCCAACCACAACCACUAAAUCUACAACAACACCAACUGAACCUACUACAACAACCGAGGAGCCAACCACAACCACUAAAUCUACAACACCAACUGAACCUACUACUACAACUCCAAAGCCAACCACAACCACUAAAUCUACAACAACACCAACUGAACCUACUACAACAACCGAGGAGCCAACCACAACCACUAAAUCUACAACACCAAGUGAACCUACUACUACAACUCCAAAGACCACAACCACUAAAUCUACAACAACACCAACUGAACCUACUACUACAUCUCCAAAGCCAACCACAACCACUAAAUCUACAACAACACCAACUGAACCUACUACUACAACUCCAGAGCAGCAAAAUGAGACCUUCUACUUGUGCAACUGCACUAUGGCCAGAUGCAUUGAGAACAAUACAAUUGAAAUAAUUCCAUAUGAAUGUCCACCACUUGAGAACAUCACUUGUACCAAUGGAAAGAAGCCCGUUCUUGUUUAUGAUGAGUACCACUGCUGUCAACAUUAUGCCUGUGACUGUGUAUGUGAAGGCUGGGGAGAUCCUCAUUACAUCACAUUUGAUGGACUCUACUACAGCUAUCAAGGAAACUGUACAUACACUUUGAUGGAAGAGAUUAUACCACUACAUAAGCUGAAAAUUUACAUAGACAACGUCAUUUGUGAUCCCACUGAAGAUGUUUCUUGUCCACGAUCGAUAGUUAUAUCAUACCAAUCAGUAGUUGUCACACUCAUAAAUCAUAACCUUAUUGGAGCAGCGCAAUUGGAGGCACUGACAAACGGAGUACGUCUGAAACUGCCUUAUUCACAACAUGGUGUUAGGAUCUUGAAUUCUGGCAUUAAUUUGGUUUUUGAGAUCCCUCGCCUUAAAGUGGUCAUCACAUUUGGAAUAACUGGCUUUAGCGUUACCCUUCCAUUUCAAUACUUUGGCAGAAACACGCAGGGCCAUUGUGGAACAUGCAACAACAACCAGGCUGAUGACUGCAUGUUGCCUGGAGGCCAGCUGGUGAAAAGUUGUGCAGUGAUGGCCGACUACUGGCUUGCAAAAGACAUUUACCAACCAAGCUGCGAGAUGCCGUCUGUACUGCCCACCAACAAACCUGAACCUCCACCAACUCUAACUCCAUGCAAGCCAGACAGCAUGUGCGGCCUGCUUAAGAGCAGUGUCUUUGCAGCAUGCCAUCCCUUUGUCUCCCCCGACAAUGUCUACCGAGGUUGUGUUUUUGAUAGCUGCCAUGUUUCCAACCCAGCAGUGGAGUGCACAAGUUUGCAGACUUAUGCCGCUGCCUGUGCUCAGGCUGGGGUUUGCCUUCACUGGAGGAACCACACCAAACUGUGUGCAAGUGACUGCCCUUCAGAAAAAGUUUACCAGCCAUGUGGUCCUGCAGAACAGCCAACCUGUGAAGACAAUCCUAAUGAACCCACUAUGAACUUCACCACUGAGGGCUGCUUUUGUCCAGAUGGAAUGAAACUCUUCAACAAAGAGUCUGGCAUUUGUGUUAAUAAGUGUGGAUGCCUUGAUCCUGAGAGCAUUCCUCGUGAGUUUAAUGAGAGUUUUGAGUACAACUGCCAAAACUGCAUCUGUGAGGAGUCCACCAAGACUGUGACUUGCAAGCCAAAGGUGUGCCCAGCACCAUCUGUAGCAAACUGCACUGGUCCAGGGUUUGUCCUUGUCAACCAAACGGACCCGUCAGACCGUUGCUGUUCUGCCUACGUUUGCCAAUGUCAAAGCAAUACUUGCCCAGUUAACAACAUGAAGUGUCCAGUUGGAUAUUUGCCAGUUCCCAAUGUCCCUGAGGGAAAAUGCUGUCUAGAACAUACAUGUGAGGCUAAAAGAGUUUGUGUCCACAAAGAGCGUGAAUAUGAGCUUGGUGUUUCAGUUCCUGGGCCCAUGUGUCAAGAUUGCACCUGUACCAAUGAGAUGGACCCCCACUCUGGUCUAUUCAAAAUAAAUUGCGAGUUUCAGCAAUGUCAAGAAAAUUGUGACUUGGGAUAUACAUAUGUGGUGGGUGACGAAUGCUGUGGGAAGUGUGUACAGACACACUGCACUGUCAGUGUUAAUGGUACCAAAAAACUGUUGAAGCAAGGAGAAACCUGGUCACCAGCCGACAAUAAGUGUGAGCACUACACCUGUGUUAAGAGUGGUGAGACUUUCUCAACAAUCAGUUCACACACUGUAUGCCCACCAUUCCAGCAGACCAACUGCCAUCCUGAUACAAUUCAGACUGCAGCAAAUGGCUGUUGUAAAAUUUGUGUGGAGAAAGAAAAAGCCUGCAAGUUAAUGACCAUGAAGAUCCAUGUUUUGCACAAGGAUUGUGAGUCUUACGAGGGGGUAGAUAUGCCAUAUUGUGAAGGAUCCUGCAAUACUUUCAGCAAGUACUCCGAACUAGCAGCUACUAUGCAACACUCUUGCUCCUGCUGUAAAGAGACACGCUUUAGCAAUCGCACCAUUGACUUGCACUGUCUGAAUGGAGACGUGGUUCCCUACACGUACAUGCAUGUGGAAGAGUGUGGCUGUGGCCACACUGACUGCACCAUAGCUUCAGGGAAACCUGCUCGCAGGAGGAGAAGCGUCAUACUAGUGUAA